AUGGCUAGACGACCCGCAAGAUGUUACCGGCACUGCAAAAACAAACCGUAUCCGAAAUCUCGCUUCAAUCGCAGCGUCCCCGACUCCAAGAUACGCUUCUUUGACCAGGGCCGCAAGAAAGCGUCCGUGGACGAGUUCCCCUCCUGCAUCCAUCUGGUAUCGAAUGAAUACGAACAGCCUGGCCCCGAGGCGCUGGAAGCCGCCCGAAUCUGUGCCAAUAAGUAUCUAGUCAAAACAGCCGGCAAAGAAUCCUUCCACCUCCGCGUCCGCCUCCACUCCUACCACACCAUCCGAAUUAACCAGAUGCUCAGUGUCGCUGGCGCAGACCGACUUCAGACUGGCAUGCGCGGGUCAAAAAAUUAUUGUCAGCAAGAAGCAUGGGUUUACAGAUUAAGGGCGAGAGAAGUAUUUGAGGUUCAGAGGGGAGGGCCUUGUGCGCGAUGA